GGAUACGUUGCUGAGUCGUGUGAAGGAGCAGGGCGAAUUGGUGCGACGAUUAAAGGCCGCAAAGGUUGAUAACACGCAGUUUGAUAAAUCAAGAGAUUGAGGGGGCUUUUCUCUUUCAUUCUGGUUGCCUUGUAAUUCCUUCAUCCAUUCAUGAUGUUACGCCUGAUACGCAACAAUUCUUUCCCCGUCAUAUGGAAACGCAUUCGCAACGUACUGAUGUCCACGACGCCACAGAUAGCAGAGGAAGUUGCCAAGUUAUUGGACCUGAAAGCACAAUUAGGAGAGGAGAAUGGUUACCCUCAUAAACUCAUCCUCAAAACGCCAAAAGGCACGAGAGAUUAUAAUCCGGAGCAAAUGGCAUUGCGAUUAGGAGUGUUGGAAAAAAUAAUAUCAGUAUUCAAGCGUCAUGGCGCUGAGACAAUAGAUACUCCUGUAUUCGAGUUAAAGGAUGUCUUAACAGGUAAAUAUGGUGAAGACUCCAAGCUUAUCUAUGAUUUGAAGGAUCAAGGUGGUGAGAUCCUCGCACUUAGAUAUGAUUUGACAGUUCCUUUCGCGAGGUAUCUGGCCAUGAGCAAGAUUUCUUCUAUUAAAAGAUAUCACAUCGCCAAGGUCUACCGAAGAGAUAACCCAGCUACAACGAAAGGCAGAUAUAGGGAAUUUUAUCAAUGUGAUUUCGAUAUCGCAGGCCAGUAUGAUUUAAUGCUGCCGGACGUGGAAUGUAUUCGGGUUGUGUGCGAAGCAUUGGAAGCUCUGAAUCUGGGACCAUAUUUAAUUAAGGUGAAUCAUAGAUCUUUAUUGGACGGUAUAUUCGCCGCGUGUGGUGUGCCACAGAGUAAAUUUCGCAGCAUCUGUUCCUCCGUGGAUAAGCUGGACAAGAGUCCAUGGGAGGAGGUAAAGAAAGAGAUGACGGACGAAAAGGGAUUGGAUGAACAUAUUGCUGAUAAGGUUGGCAAGUACGUCUCGCAAUCCGGUGGAGUGGAACUGAUAGCCGAGUUGAGAAAAGACAAAGUGCUGAUGAAACAGUCUGUCGCUGUGCAAGGUUUAGACUCUAUGGAACUGUUGCUAAAGUACUGCGGCAUCUACAAAAUUCUGGACAAAAUUAAGUUUGAUUUGAGUCUUGCGAGAGGGCUUGAUUACUACACAGGUGUUAUUUACGAAGCUAUAUUGUGUGGAGACGAUGUCGGUGUUGGUAGCGUAGCAGGUGGCGGCCGUUAUGAUAAUUUAGUAGGAAUGUUCGAUAGCAAGAACAAAAAUGUACCUUGUGUCGGCGUAUCGGUCGGUGUGGAGCGGAUAUUCAGUGUUAUGGAGGCGAAAUUAGCGAACAAGGGCCUAAAAACGCGUACUACUGAAAUUGAGGUGUUUGUAGCCAGCGCACAAAAGAAUCUGCAUGAGGAGAGGAUGAAGAUACUGGUAGAUCUGUGGGACGCCGGCGUGAAGGCGGAGCAAUCUUACAAGAAGAAUGCCAAGCUCUUGGCGCAGCUACAACACUGCGAGGAGAACGGCAUCCCGCUGGCAAUAAUUAUCGGGGAAGGCGAAUUGGCGAAGGGUGAAGUUACAUUGAGAGUCGUCUCGACACGAGAGGAGACUCGCGUGCCACGUAACAACCUCAUCGACGAAAUACGGAGACAGCUAAAAACAUCGUAGCAUCCCCUAUGCUCAACUUUUCACUGUUGAGAGAUCUACAUCAGUACAAGAAAAUACUUGUACUGCAUUUAGUUCCAUUUCAAUCUGCGUGUCGGAACAGUUUAUUUAUUAGAAAUUCUUUUGCAUGAAUUUAUUUGUAUUAUUUGUAUUAUUUCGCAUGACGUGCUACGUGAGAAACUUUUUGUCACCGAUAGAUGCUAACUGUGAAGUUAUACGAGUGAAUACACGCGAGGAAGUGUAACUACACUUACCACACAUGUAAACAUAUAGGUACAAUUUCUACAUAAAUAAUUCUUUAAUAAUCCGAAUUUCUCCGGGUGAAAUUUAGAAUUUAACCGGAUCUUAAUUUAACUGGUAAUAAUUCACAGCUUCGAGUUACAGCUCGAAAAACCAAAUACAUCUUUAUAAUUUAUUCUGCAAGAACUUGUCAAUAAAAUAUUGUAAAUUUCGUA